AAUGAAUCAACCAUUGGUUCUUGAUUAAGGAGGACAUGUCGGAGCAACUUUGCAUUUCCAACGACACAUCUUGUAUUGGAAAAGAUGGACAAUCUUCUAAUUCUUUUUUUUGAUCCUCUCGACCUUACUUGGAGUUUGCUACAUCUCAGAGAACAAUUAUCACAUCAAUGGCGAUUAUGUGCCAAUUAUUGUGGGUGCACAAAACCUUGUUCAAAUAGUUGUGUAUUUGAGAUGGAGAUGGGCCAUGAAAAACAAAGUAUUUUUAUAUUUUCAUCCAUAGAAUAACCUAAUAAAUUGCGCUGGAUACUUAAACCAAUAGCAAGUGGUCAAUUAAGGAUGGUUUGAAGAAGUCGACAUGCAUUAUUGUAUAAGUUAUACACCUAAAUAGAGAUUACAGGUAUACAAUCUACUCGAUUGAUUUCAAAAUGCAAUUACAAUUAGGGUACUUCUUUCGAAUUCAUGUAAAUACUGUCAAAUAACUUAGAUGUAUUCAAACUAUUUCUUUUUCAUUCCGAUAUUUUUCUGGCUGGCAGCCAUUGUCUUAACUAUUCUUUACUUCGAUUAAACACGCAUUUAUCAAUGGCAGUAUUUGACAUUCAUCGUCAUAACAUCCUUCAUCACAGGCUUUGAUCUCGUUGCACUGUUCACAUUUCCAUUUUACUAUUUUCCAAAAUCCAUUUUAAAUUAUUGCAGACGAAAAAAACACAUUAAGCCCUACAAUCCUAGUUCCUUCGAUUAGUCAACUUCCCAAUGUGCUAUUUGCCUCAAUGACUACCAAAAGGGUGAAAUUGUAUACAUCCUCCCUUGCAAUUCUAAACACUACUUCCAUCAACAGUGCAUCUAAAAUUGGAUUCAAUACUAAUCAAUUUGCCCUUUUUGUAGAGCAGAAUUUAUCUAUUUAGAAUGA